AUGCAGAAUCAAGGUCUGGUUCACCACCUGGUCUCUCCCCACUCCUCUUCUUCCUCCUUCUCGGGCCUCAGCGUCCCCCUCCAUUGCUCCGGUUCCAGAGCGUUGAGGAUUGGCAGAGUCCGCUGCCCGCAUGGCUCCUUUGAGCUUCACACUUCUUCCAGAUUCCUGCUUCUGACGCGGAGUUAUCCUCUGUGCAGAAGAGGUCAUGUCUGCUUUUCGUCCUCCGACGGCAGCGUCUCCGGGGACGUAUCCGAUGUCCGUGUCAAGGAAACGGAGAUCGAGUUGCUCGGGAAGCCGUCUCCCAUACACUUUCUGGACGAAGAAGAGUACGAGGCCUCCGUAGGGACGAAACCGGCGGAGAUGGACGCCGCGUUGGCUCCGUUUCUCAAGUUCUUCAAGGCCAAGGAUUCGGCGGAAGAAGACGGAGUGGAAGGCGGGGCGGUGCCCGUCAGGGAAUCUCCUGAAGAAGAGCGAGAUGAGGAAAAGGGAAAACAAGAGGAUCUGGAGAAGGUGGCCGUAGAGUACUAUGAUCCGAAACCUGGUGAUUUUAUAGUCGGAGUCGUCGUAUCGGGGAAUGAGAACAAGCUUGACGUGAGUAUUGGGGCGGAUAUGCUGGGUACUAUGUUGACGAAGGAAGUUCUCCCCCUUUACGAAGGAGAGAUGGCCCGUUCUCUCUGCGAUUUGCAGAAGGACACAGAGGACUUCAUGGUUCCGGGGAGGGUUGGAAUUGCGAAGGACGAGGAAGCUUUGAGCGGGGAAUCAGAGCCAGGUAGGCCAGUCGUUGAGGUUGGUUCACUUCUUUUUGCUGAGGUCCUUGGCCGAACAUUAAGUGGUCGACCGCUCCUUUCCACCAGAAGAAUGUUCCGCCGGGUGGCAUGGCAUCGAGUGAGGCAGGUCCUCUUCCUAAUCACCUUCACUAGAAUUUUAUUUCAUUUCAUGACUCAUUGAAGAAGCAUUAAGGUUUUGAUCGCCGGGGUUAUUUAUAACCGAUGAACAUCUUGCAUUACUCAGAAUGAAAAAGUCAGUAUGCGACCUGCCAACUUUUCAACUAAAUUUCACUGCUCCAAACUUAUAAUUUGCACUCUUUUGGAAUUCUGCCCAGUGCAGAAAAGAACUUCUGAGUGGGUAAUUAUCGAAAGGAUACAAUUUCUGAAUAUGAUGCUCGGAGGCAUGUCUUGUAUAUGGUCUGAGACCGAAUAUUUCUUUAACUAUACGUCAUAUGCAGCAUCAAUUGUUGCCACAAAUUCCAAAGCUAUUUUUCGUGUCAAUAAAAUAUAUUCAAGUGAAGUUAAAUUGAUUAUAGGGUAAUCUAAAUGGUUGGGAUAAUGUUCACAGUGGGAUGUAAAUAUCCACCAAAUUACUCUGUACACAAUGCUACUUCAUUGGUCUAUAGUUUUUUACACUUUCAUUCCUUGUUAGGUUUUUUGGUUUCGUAAACCAUAUUCCACCUAUCGUAAUUCUCCUCUUCAAAAUCUCCUUUAGUGAUUUAGUUCUCGUUAUUUAUUUAUUUUUAUUUCUUCUAAUCACCUUCUGCCCUCAUUUUUGAUGUCUUAAAGUAAUUGCAAAUUCACGUUAUUUACAAAACAUUCCUUUUUACGUUAAUCAUUGAAUACAUCUUUGUGAUACCUUUCCUUGCAGGUGAAACAACUUGGUGAACCAAUCGAUGUGAUAAUUACGGAAUGGAACACUGGUGGUCUCCUUACAAGAAUUGAGGUUCAUGUUCAUGGAAGUUUUCUUCUGCUACACAAGAAGACAUGUUUAAACAUAUAACAUUUACAAAUUUUUUCUCUAAUUUUCAGGGUUUGCGUGCAUUUCUUCCUAAAGCUGAGUUGAUGAAUAGAGUCAAUAACUUCACAGACUUGAAAGAAAAUGUAACUCUUCUCUUUAUCACGGUCACUUCUCUAUGAUUGACUUGCCAUAUUAGUUUACUUACUUCUUUAUACUUUUACUAAAUACUGUCAUUUUGGCUCCUUCCAUAUUGAGUGUUAUUUGCAUGUGCAUCUCCUAUGUUAGAGGCUAGUAAUAUUAAUAAUUGUUCCUUUCGUUUAUUUUCUUGGUUAAGGUUGGUCGCCGUAUAUCUGUGUGCAUCACAAGGAUUGACGAAGAGACGAAUGACCUGAUUAUAAGCGAGAGAGAAGCUUGGGUCAGUUUCAAUAUAAAAUUUGCUAUGAUGUUUCUUGUCUAAUUUUUCAGAUACGAGUUGUACUACCCUCCUUGCUCAAAAAUGACUGCAGUAACGCAAGGAUCAGGAGAGUGCAGCCAAUAUUGACACCUAUACAUUUUCUGUGGCCUUAUUUUAAAAAUUAUUUCGGUUGUACCCCAUUCCAUUCCUAAUUCGCUGAAAAGUCUCUUUCCUUUGACAUCCCAUCUUCACAUAUGUCAGUAACCCUGGCAGUGUCUGUUGAAAUUACUGAGACAUAAACUUUACCUUGUUUAAAGUUUAUUAUAUAUCUAUGUAUAUAUUACCCUUAUCUACAAUGCAUGUCUGUCUCUCUCUCUAUCUCUCUCUCUCUCUCUCUCAUAUAUAUAUAUGAGAGAGAGAGAGAGAGAGAUAUAGAGAGAGAGAUGAGUAGGAUCGCCAAAAGACUAAUAUAGCUAGCUCUAAAAUGUCAGUUAGAUGUGAAGCCUUGGCAGUGCCAGAUUAUAUCAAACCAGUAUGUGGUAGGAACAGUGGGAGGAGGUUCCCAUCCCUUACUGCACCAUAUGUUGUCAUGUUCAACAUUGAAAAAGAUGUAAAGUUGACCAUUUUAUUUCUAAUUCCUUUAUUUUCCAUCAAGAGUUCAUAAAUUAAUGAUUUCUCUGGCGGAUGCUUCAUAAUAUAUGCCCUUAAUUUGAUGUUAAACCCUGAAAAUUUAUCUUCUUGAUCUCAUUUCACAUCAUUGCCUGUUCAUCAUUGGAAAUAAUAAGACGGCAAUGGCAGGAAUACCGGUGAACAUCUCAUAAUCAAGACUAUUCUGUGGUUUGUUGCUGCUAGUACUGUAUACAGUGACAAAAGCUCCUGCUUUUAGUUUUGGGAAAUAACCUCAUUAGCUCUUUUUUAAUCUGAACUCCACACAAUGGUAAUCUCAUGUAGUAUAGAGGUGACUUGAAUGAGUAGCUCAUCACAGUUUUACUAUUUUUAAAUUGCGUUCUACAAUUAGCUGUUUAACUUGUUUUAUCAUCUCCACUUUUCAUAGGGAGGGAAGCAAUUAUCAUCUGAACUGUGACUUCCUUGUCCUGCCAAUCUUUAAGUUUCUUGUUACAACAUGCAGAUUUGACAUUUCCGUAUUUUUUUGGUUUUGUGUGAGCAAUACACUAAUUUUGUGUUCAUAACGAUCCGACAUCAAAUUAAUCAUAGUUUAUUCUUCCUUUUAGCAAUUCCUUGUAAGUUUCUCCAAUAAAUUUUAUUUUUCCCUCUUACGGGUUCAGAAUUAUGAAUGUGUGAUACUACAGGACAUUCGACAUCUUCAAGAAGGAACUCUCUUAGAAGGAACUGUGCGCAAAAUUUUUCCAUUUGGAGCGCAAGUAAGAAUUGGUGAGACAAAUAGAAGGUACGUUCCUCAAAUUUUAAUCACAGCAAUUAUGCUAAAAAAACGUCAAAGAAUAUUGAUUUUUCUGUCUUCUUUUCGUGGUUUAUCAAUUUCUGUAAACCACUUAAUGAUCAAUGAUGGAAAAUAUGAUCAAUUAUGCCUUUAGUGAACCAUGUUAUUCAGGUUUUUCUACAUAGGAUCUUGAUUUUUGUUGAACGAACAUAUGAUACCCACCAAAUGGCUGACUCAUUCCUGGGAAUUUCAUUGUGGACCAUUUGGUUUAGGGAUACUUGGGUGAUGACUGGUAGCCAAGAACUACAGUGUCACCAAUGAGGAGUAUGUAAAACACCGAUAUCAAAGGAACGUUCGUAUGGUUUAUUCAUCACAAAGACCUGAUAAAUUGAUGACACAGCAGCAAGAAAUUAUUUUUUCCCCUACUAUGCUGCAUAGAAUCUGAGAAAAAGGCAUAGCUACGUCUCAGGGAAGUCUGAGAAGCCGAAAAGCUUAAACAUUUAAGGAUCUCCUGCAUUCUUCUUAUUCAAAUCAACGGCAGGCAUAAUUAUAUUACUUAGUUACCACUGAUAUAGGAAUCAAGAUCCUACCACUGAAAUCAUGUAAACAUGAUUUUGAUGUCUGUGUUGGGAUCACCCUGCAGCGGUUUGCUGCACAUCUCGAACAUAUCUCGUGCCCGCGUUGAAUCCAUCGGCGACUUGCUUAAGGUGGACGAGAAAGUGAAGGUCCUUGUCGUCAAGUCAAUGUUCCCCGACAAGAUCUCCCUCAGGUAAAGCCAAAAACACGACCCUCUGUAAAUCACACAACGCAACUCCGAAUGGGACUUCGAAGAGAAGGAAUCAAUGGCGAAGAUCAGGAUUACAUCUCUCUGGUUUAUUUUACUUCCAUCUGAAGAAGCCCUUCUCUGAUUUUCAAUGCAGCAUUGCGGAUCUUGAAGGCGAGCCGGGGCUAUUUCUCUCGAACAAAGAGGUGACUACCCAGUCUCGCCGUGGAUUCUUCCCGCUUCAUGGAUCUCACCCUUCUCCGCCUCCCCACCUUGCAGAGGGUCUUCUCUGAGGCCGAGGAGAUGGCCAGAAGGUACCGGCAGAGGCUGCCCGCCGUCCCCGCAGCCUACAGAGUCAGAUCCCGCCCGCUGGACUCGCUCCCCUUCGACGACGAGGCCAGAUUGUACGCCAACUGGAAGUGGUUCAGAUUCGAAACCCAUCGAAGAGGCCCGUCACCCGGAGAAGACGACUACACUCCAUGA